AUGCUGACAGGAAAUUCAGGACGGAUAAAUCGGCAUCAGACCAGGCGAUGUAAAAAGGACAACGAUUGGAAACUCGGUACUUGGAACGUUCGAACUCUCCAAGAUCCUGCACGUGCUGGCCUUCUUGCCCGGGAGCUGCACAAGCUGAACGUGCAUGUGGCCGCCUUCCAGGAAGUUCGAUGGCCCGGUCAUGGAGAGCGAGAAUUCACGGCGGUGGACCCCAUCGCCAACACCUCUUUCAAGUACCACAUCUACUACAGUGGCGGCGAAAAGGCGAUGCACGGAGUCGGGUUCGUAGUGAUUGGGGAUCAGAAGAACCGAGUCAUCAAGUGGAAGGUGGUGAAUGACCGGAUCUGCGUGUUGAGAAUAAAGGGCAAAUUCUUCAACUACAGCCUGAUCAACAUCUACGCGCCGACGAACGACAAGCCCGAUGAUGAUAAAGACGCUUUCUACGAGCGUCUCGACAAGACCUAUGGAGAGUGCCCAAGACACGACGUGAAGAUAGUCAUCGGAGACGCAAACGCGCAGGUCGGAAGGGAAGCCUUCUUCCAUCCUGUCAUCGGCAAGGAGAGCCUUCAUCCUCGCACGAAUGACAACGGCCUCCGUUUGGUCAAUUUCGCCGCAGCCAGAGGAAUGGCUAUCUGUAGCACCUUCUUUGCGCGCAUGAACAUUCGGAAGCACACGUGGCGCCACCCGAAUGGCGAAUCGUGCACACAAAUCGAUCACGUUUUGGUGGAUGGUCGACACUUCUCGGACGUGAUGGACGUCCAAUCGUACAGAGGACCGAACAUCGACUCUGAUCACUUCCUGGUAGCGUGCAAGAUCCGAGCUAGGCUGUCGAACGUGUUGACCCCGCGGACUGCGAGGAUAGCGCGGUUGAACUUCCAGCGCCUCGCGAGCAGCGACGUUGCUGCAGAGUAG